GGAUUGUUACCAAAACAAUACGUGGCGCUUUGUGUUUUGGACGCGAUCGUUUCAACCCUAUUACCUAAUAUUUUCGUGUUGAUCGGGUUAGCAGCUUGGGGAAAAACGCUGGUAUUUUGUUUUCUCUUGUGUUUGCUUUCUUGAGCAAUCGUGCUGAGCAAAGUCGCACUUCGUCGCAAAGAAAACGUAGCGUUGUUGAAGAAACGAAACAUCCUUGUUCAAACGCCGCUCCGAAGACCAACUUGAAGUCAACAUGGACGGCGGGGGAGGUGAUUCGUUUGACCCGUGCGAGUGUAUAUGCAGCCAUGAAGGCGCAAUGCGGAGGUUGAUUUCUUUACUAAGAUCGUCACAGAGCUACUGCACCGAUAACCAGUGCUUGCAAGAACUUCCAGGGCCACAAGGGAAUGACACAGGAGGAGAUAGUCACACAACUUUCUACAUCAUGAUGGCUUGGAUGGUCAUUGCAUUUGUGCUUUAUCUUCUCAGGCCUCAAAGUAUGAGACAAGGAGCAGAGAAGCCGAGUCGCAGUGAUAGAGGCCCUGGCCCUCAGCCUCCAGCACCUCCUGUGCAUUAGGCCACACCCAGCAAGCUGCUGCAAUGUGUACAUUAUCAACCUGUUAAUAUAAAUAUUAGUUAGCAAUAAAUAGAAAUAGCCCAAGUGUAUAGUAGCUUUCUAUAGUCUUCAUGUUAUAUACAGAACCUUAAUUAUGUUGAACUUGGUUAUUUAAUAUCAAACUAGAAAACACUAAUUUUCAACUGGCCUUCAAAGUAAAAUGAAUGGGUGUUCAGGGUAUGAAAUGGAGUCUAGGAAAAUAAAAAUCAACACUUCUUGCUAUUGUUUUGUCUGAUAUGAGUUCAGUUACUGUUUGUUAAAAUGUAAUUGAUCCUUUUUAGAUUUCUACCAUUAUAAUUACUCUAGUUUCUCUAUUGGUAGACUCCUAGAUUCUUGCCAUUUUAUCCCACUCCUGGUUAGUGUUAUGCUAUGUAUUUUAAAUGUUGGUUGCAUGAAUCAUUGUAAAUAGCUGUUACCUUGUGUUUACCAUACCUGUAGAGCACAAGGUGUAGUUCUUGAAAAUAUAGCAAGAGUGAAUCUAUUUGAAUAAGCAAUUUUGUAGUUUUCUUCAAGUUAUAUAUUACUGAUAGGGGUGUACAUAGAGAUUAACUGCACAAUGUCUUGUCAGUGCAAAGGUUAUAUCAGAUGGGAUUUGUUUCUAUAUGAAAAGCAAUAAACAAAAAUUUUAACUGUCAUGCAAGUCAGGCAUGUUAGUCCUGAUAAUUGAAGAAGUCUCCAACGGAAAUGUUAUGUUGAUGCCAGAACUAAAGAUCACUGACAUCAUUUAAUUAUUAGAGGAUCAGAAAAAAUGGUGGGUGGGGUUAUGUUCUUACUUAGAACAAUACGAUUUUUCCAUUGGAUGCAAAUGGACAAAUACAGAAAAGUAUAAAUGAUUCAGUUCUUUGCUCUUUCCAGCUAACCAAUAAUAAAUUAUUGGUUGGAGUUUGUUUAGAAAUGCUGACAUUUAUUUAUUGCCCUUCAUGAAAAUAACAUGUAACUGUGCAUUUUCACAGCCAAAAUGCAAAGCGGAUAUUGACGUCAGGACUACCAGCAGAUGCUGUAGCAUAAUUCCACAUAAUUAUUGGCUAGAAUUACAUUCCUUCUGCAUAUAGUACUGCUGUAAUGUGACAGCUGUGUUUUCAGACAAUUUAAUGUUCUAAUGUAACAUUGUCAUCUUUGAUAUUGGCUGAAAUCAUAUGAGAAAGAACUGCCAAUAAAAAAUUAUCAACUCUGUC